CAGUUGGCAAUGCGAUCGCGGUUCAUCGUGAACGCUUCUCCAAUUUCUUCUCCGCCAACGUUCCAACCAAACAACCGAUAACAUACUUGUUUCUUCCUCGUCUGAGCCACAUUAACACGACAAGUCGAGUCAAUCGUUACAUAAACCCAUUCGUCGUUAAGAGAAGAUCUUAAUUUAUUUGGAAAACCGCUGGAACAUCAAAAGUCAAAUUGCUGGACUCGGCGUGGGAAGGAUAGUGCACAGACGUUGCUCGUUGUACGACGAUGAACCUUUUGUCCUGUACGAGAAGCGAGCAAGGAGUGGCUAGGACUUUUAUCGAAUAGAAAUUUGCUUUGUUUUUGAUUCUCGAUGAUAGAUCGUUUGGUUCUUUUGUUCUUUCACGGAGAUACGGCACGUUUGCGUUGUCAGACGAACGCGGUCGUUGACAGCAGGAAGGUGGAUGGGUUUCGAUAGGCUAGAUAAAGUGGAAAUGAAGUGAGGAGCGGAGGAAAUGGCACACGUGCCGGAUAUCUUAAUAUUCGAGAAUUCGUUUUCUGCUCUGGCUCGUUGUACCCUCGGGUAAAAAUCGUGCGAAUUAUGAUACACGUGUCGUCGGAGAACACUCAACGAUACGAUCGUGUGAAGCGCAAGGGCGCAGUGUUUUUGUCCAACAUUUUUAAAUCGAAAAAGCUGACGUUAGGUAUGAAGAUCAACGAGGACGAAGAGAUGGAACGUGCCCCGAAAGUCGAGACACCCGCGAUCAUAACGAACGCCUGCAGGCGCAGCGGCAGCGAAAACGACAACCAGGUAUCGAGGAUUCCGUCGACCUUGAGCGUGGCAGCCGUCGAUGUGGUCGUUGCCUGUCAGCCGUCACCGUCGCAUUCCAUUCUAACCUUGACACCUGGUAGAACACGAAACAUCGAUCAGGAUAUGGAGGCGCUUAGGCUAAGUCGACAGGAUAAUCCUUUCCUACAGGUAUUGGCGAGUCGCGAGAGCCUGGUCGAGUCUUUGGAAGAGUCUGAGUCCGACGAUGCCAUUCUGAUGUCUCAGGAACUGGGCGACACCGAUCCAUUAACCUUAGCCCAAGUGCACGAGCACCUGGUACGAAGUCCACCGCCCGCAUCGUGGCCUCACACCACGACUUUCCAUUUUCCUCAUCAAAAUCAGAGUUCGUCGGGGAAGAACGACGUGCUGGCUCAUUACAAAAGCCCGUCGAAGGCGACCUCGUGCCGUGGCAACGAUCACGAGCUGUCCAGAAGCGAGCCAUCCACGGAUAUCAGAGAUCGCCACUCACACACAUUUUCGUUGUUGCACCCAACGCCGAUUCGUUCAUUGUCGGACGUUCGACGGCUUCACAGAUCAGCGGACGACAGUGUGCAAUUGAUGUCGAGCGAAUAAAACGCUAAUGCAUUCCGGUCCGCGACCGGAUCGAGAUGACUUCUCGCAUUCAGAACACGAACCGUGCUUUGUCGGUGCUAAAACGCCUGCUGAAAGUUCCCGGAUUGUUUCGAAGGAGUGUGUCCACAAGGAAAGGGCACUCGGAAGCUCCUUGACGAGUUCACGCAUGAUCGAGGUUCGCCGAAACGAUUCUCGAGUCGCGAGUCUCGAGAUGUCAACGAUUCUUCGAUUCUGUUGAAAGAAUCGUAUCGAAGUUGACUCACAGGUUCGUUUGAUAACGGAAGCGAAAGUUUCAAGUUUAAUGUCAGUUUGGUGCGGAAAGAAUUUCGAACGUUCUGUACUUCGUGAUCUGUGUUUACGGAGAAUGUACCAAUUGAUGAAGAUUUGUAGAUUGUCUCGUUGUGUCACAGGUUAGGUAUGCUCUGUUUCGGAUGAAAUGAAAAGUGUCUCUAUUACGCAAUCAAAACAUCACGGUGAGAAUCGAAAUCACAGAGAGAAAGAGAGAGAGAGAGAGAGAGAGAGAGAGAGAGAGAGAGAGAGAGAGAAUAUUAUUGAAAUUCUUUUAUUCGUUUUGAUAUGUUGAAUGAGAUCAGAGCUCAAAGUAAAAUGUAUGUGACAAACGCACGCGCGCAUUUGAUAAGUUAUCAAUGCAGCAUAAUUUAAAACCCUUGCACGCAAUGUGCUCGUAUUUAACGACAAAAGAUUUAGCUACAUGAUCUAAUGUCAAAGAAAACGAUAUCUAUUUUCGUUCCACGUAAAAGUUUAAAAUCUAAAUCUAAUUUUAGACUCUGAAAGAUAUUUUCCAAGACAAAAAUUAAGUAAAAAUAUUUAUUCGAAUUAUCAAAUCCUCGAUGACCCUAACGUAACGCUUUUUUCUGCAAGUUUGCUCGCAUAUUCCAAGAAAUUAGACGAAUAAGACUCAUUGCUGUGAAGUGAAAUUUAAUUACACUCGCUCACUGAUGUAGGCGGAAUUAAGCUAUUACUUGUUAAAGUAGUACAAAAUAGUGUUAUUACUAAAAAAAUCAGGGAAUUUAGAUGCUGCCAAAAUUUAGAGAUGUUUUUAUCCAAUAUGCAAAAUUAUAGAUGUUUUUAAGUAUCAAUUUGUAAGACGAUAUAUUUAUAAAUUACGAGAAAAAGCUUCUAAAUUUUUACACUGUCGUUUUCCCGAAAUAAUUUAUUUUUAGCAUUAUAAUGUAUUUGCAAGUCGAUGAGUGAGUGUAAUUCAGAAAAUUUUUCUGGAAACCGAUCUUUGUUUCAAUUAUAAAUUAGUCUGACAUAUUUACCGACCGAGCCUAGCGUAUUUGAACUAGCGCGCAAUUCAAUAAUCAAUCAUAACGUAACAACAUAAAUAGAGAGGCCUAUGUUUGAUCAAAAACAAUUAUCUUUAUUAUCAUUCGAAUUGAGAAAUUGCAACAAUGUUUCUGGUUUCUUCCGUGCGCGUGUUUCAAGCCAAUUCGUACUUACAUAUUAAUACGUAUGUUUGUUUGUAAUUAGUUUCAAUCACGCAGCCAUGAGAAACAGGAAUAAAGGUUGCAAUAAUUGCAAUACAGGUCGCAAUUAGUUAAGUUAAAUGGUAGUAUAAAAUAUUAUCCUUGUAUCUUGGAAUAUUCUAUCAACAAUAUUAUUUAUUUUUCACUCAAAAAUUUUGCAAAAAGAUAGCAGUGAGAUAUCAGCAUUUACCAUGGAUAAACGUAUAAUAUUUACAAUAUCAUAUAUAAUUUAAGAAGACAUUGACUGUUCCAAUUUUUUGUAAUCAAAUUUGCAAAUAGCCGUAUUUCUAUCUAAAAUAUUAUUUCGUAAAAUCAUUAAAGAAUAAUAUAUUGUUGUUAUGUAUCAUGAAUAACUUCUUUUACGAUUGCUUUAAUUGCAUCGAGACGAGUUAUCGAGCUUACAUUGUUGCUGUUAUUGUUAAUUAGUCUAUAUUUAUUCUGCACAAAUUAUUUUUUAUCAAUAGAACAUAUACAUAUUUUCGACGUUAUCAUAAGAUAAAGAAGGUAGCAUGUAAACCAUGCUUCUUUUAGCAUAUAUUUAUUAACAUAUAACGUGAAAAAAAUGCAGAACGUUUCCAGAUAAAAAGUUAUUUGUAGCGCUGACGAUGCGCCAAAAGUAUAGGCCUGAUCAUGAAUAAUAAACUAACACGUAAUCAUAGCUUAAGAAUCUUUUUUUACGUAAAUAAGAAUGGAAGAAGUGUUGUCGAUAUUUCGAACGAUUAAUGUGCAUCGUCUGAAGAUGAUACACUUUUAAAGUCCAAAAUAUUUUUUUAACGUUGCGAUAUCAUUUCACAUAAGCACAAAUACUGACGAGUAGUAGAUAUGUAUGUACUUGUUAAGACUACUUUCGGCUUUCAACGCACAUAACCUGUACCUUUUUCACAUAUUGUUUUAAAGUUGAAACAACAGUCUAAGAAUUUCGACGAACAAUCCUAUUUUAUACAGUACACGAACAGUCUCAUAUUGAAGAUAAAAUAUGUUUCACUUGAAAACUGGUGUAAAUCAAUUGUUUUAAAAAAUUGCAACUACGAUUACAGACAGCGAGUAAACAAAUAAUCCUGCUACGUCUUUUGGGUCGUUUUCCAUUUGAUCAAUUGUAUAUAAAAAAAAAGGUAUGUCUUAAAUUUGAAGGAAGGAUGAAAAAAUCGUUGUUCUUUGUUUAUUGAAACAAGAACAAAAUUGGAAUAUAAUUCAAAGACUAUAGUAAAGUUAAAAGAUUAAGAUCAUAGUGAAUAAAAUUUUAGCAGGGUUUAUACAAAACUUUCAGAACAGUAGCAUAUAAGAAAAAGGAAAGGAUUUAGAAAAUUAUUGCGAUUAUUAUUGUAACUAUAGUGUCCAAUUGACUUGGCCAUUGAGAAUUGAGAUUAUUUCUAUUAAUAUAUGCGAUAUUAGAUACACUAUACACGUGUAUUAGUGGCUCCAGACAAUUUCGUCUUCGUCCGGAUGUCAAACAGGUAAAAAUAUGAAAAACGAAAAAAAAAAAAAAAAAGAAACAGUAGAGAGACUUAUAUGAUAUAAUCUAGUCGAAUAUAACAUAUAUACCGAGGACUGUGUUGUCACUUUUAAGCGAAUAUUAAAUGAAUACUUGUUCGGGUAAUUAUUCGAGCGUUGAAUAAUCAAUGACGGCGAGGUUAGGGCGCGAAUAUUAUUACUAAGUGAACUGAGGUUACUUUUAUCGGAAAGCGAUGUUGAAUCUUACAAUAGACCCUCGAUUUGACGGAUUUUUUAUUCAAAUAAACUUGGAACUUAACUUGCAACUUUAUGAUCUUUUUUAUAUUUUCUACAUUGACUUAAAAUUUCUUCGAUUCUUAAAUAUUUAAUAACCGUUGCUCUAAUUAAUCCUUAAAAUCAAGGGUUUACUGUAUUUAUAUAAUUAAGCUUCACACACGGUUGUUUUGUUUUAUUUUUUAAUUUAAGAAGCACUGUUCGCAAAAAUGUUACAAAUUGUACUCUCGCAUCUCACGAUUAGUUCAAAACUAAGACAUGGAUUUAAUAAGACGAAUUGAAAAUAAAUUUCAAAUUACGCAAAAGAUACUAAAUAUACGUUACUUGUUGAUAAAAAAAGGUAAUAACUUUAUUUUAAGAUGAUUGUAAAAUAUUUAUUUAAAUUUUUCGCCACUGUUGUCAUCUGUUAAUCGAUUUAUCAAAUUUUAUGCUGUGCAAGUAUUUACUAGAAUGAAUCUUUGUUCGUUUGGAUUUUUAUCGAAAUAAAAGUUUGAUUCUUUAUA